AUGGGAGAGAGAGAGUGGUAUUUCUUCAGCUUGAGAGACAGAAAGUACCCAACUGGCCUCAGAACAAACCGAGCCACCGGCGCCGGUUACUGGAAAGCCACCGGAAAAGACAGAGAAGUUUACAGUUCUAGUAGUGGUGGUGGUGCACAGCUUCUUGGAAUGAAGAAAACACUUGUUUUCUACAAAGGGAGGGCCCCACGUGGCGAGAAAACCAAGUGGGUCAUGCACGAAUACCGCCUCGACGGCGACUUCUCUUGCCGCCACACCUGCAAGGAGGAAUGGGUGAUUUGCAGAAUAAUUCACAAAAUGGGGGAGAAGAAAAGUCAAACAAUGCUUCAGUCACAGCAACAAAUCUCCAAUAACUAUUCAUUGCCUCCAUUGCUCGAGCCUCCAGUAAUAAUGCAAACCCUAAACCAAAACGACGACGCUUUUACCCAAGAAUCCGACCAUUUAAAAACCCUAAUCAACCCACUUCUCGUUGACCACCUAUUUCCGGUCAACUCACUCAACCCCAUUGCCACGUCAUCAGCAUCUUUUGCAAACCAAGACUUCACUUACAAGGAACUCAGCUGCGCUAUUACAAAGAAGUGCAAGAAAGAGGCUAAUUUUGAAUUCCAUGAUGGAUUUAAUAAUAAUAAUAUGAGAUGGGUUGAAGAGAAUAGUAACAAGUACUACCCGAACCCGUUUCUAUUCGGGUCGGGUGGUGGUGGUGAAAUGGGGGUCCCACUGACACCUGGAGCAACAGUGGGAGGGAUUGAUGAUAACAAUGUUACUGCCAUGGAUACAGCUGCUAUUUAUCAUGUGAUGUCAACAGAGCCGGCUUUCAGAUGGUGGUAG